AUGUCAAUAUACACAUACAUCUACCCACUCCUCCUCCUAUUAAACCAAUCCCAAGCCCUAAAAUGGCACACCCUCCUCUACGACAUCGGCCUGCUGGGCGCGCACCCAGUCACAAAAUACGAAUCCUUCGACCUCGCCUCCCCAGAACCCAAUAUUCUAAAAUGGGACCCCCGCUGCGAAGACAAAUACGUCUUCCUCAGUCCACGGGGCCAUUUCUACCCGCACCCGGGGCCAUUGAUCUUCGAUAAUAAGGGGGACUUGGUCUGGAUGGAGGAUCGGUUCGGGAUGGUUAUGGAUUUCAGGGUUCAGAGGUAUCGGGGGGAGGAUUAUUUGACGUUUUGGGUUGGGGAGGAUGAUGGGACGAGGGGGUUGGGGGUGUAUUAUAUGUUAGAUUCAACCUACACCCUAACCCACACCAUAACCCCCCUCAACAACCAAAAAGGCGACGUCCAUGAAUUCCAACUCACCCCCGCCGGCACAGCCCUAAUCACCAUCUACGAGAUCAUCCCCUACGACCUUACGCCAGUCAACGGUCCCCCAAGCGGGUGGAUCUACGAUUGUCUCUUCCAGGAAAUCGACGUCGAAACCAACACACUCCUCUUCCAAUGGCGAGCCAGUGACCAUUACAAUAUCACUGAAACUUAUUUCCCGUUAAACGGGAAGGGAGGUGCGAAUUCGAGUGAGGAGGCUUAUGACUAUUUUCAUAUGAAUAGUGUGGAUAAGUUGGACGGUGGACGGUAUCUUGUUUCGUCGAGGUAUAUGCAUACUGUUACCUGUAUUGGGGGCGAUGGGGAGGUGUUGUGGGUUCUUGGGGGGAAGAGGAAUAUGUUUGGGGAUUUGUCGGGGGGACUGGCGACGGGGUUUAAGUGGCAGCAUAAUGCGAGGUGGGUUCCUGGGUCUUUUGGGUCUGGAGGAGGGAAUGGCGAUGAGGGUGUGGAUGUGAUUACAGUGUUUGAUAAUGGGGCCAAUGAUCAUGUCAUGGAUGAGGAUCAUAGUCGGGGCUUGGUGAUUGAGGUAGAUGCCAACAAUUGGGCCGCGACGGCCAGACACGUGUACCCUGCGCCUGGGGGAUUCAGUGCGCGUUCGCAGGGUAAUAUGCAGGUGUUGGAGGAAUCGGGAAAUGUGUUUGUCGGCUGGGGCAAGGCUGCGGCGUAUACCGAGUUCAGUGCCCGUGGGGAGGUGCUCUGUGAUACGCACUGGGGUCCGAAGAUGUUCUUUCCUUUGGGUUGGGUCAAGUCGUAUCGGACGUAUAAGUCGGACUGGGUUGGGAGGCCUGUUAUGCCGCCGGAUGUAGCGGUUGAUGAGGGUUCAAAGACGGUGUUUGUUAGUUGGAAUGGCGCGACGGAUGUGGCCGGGUGGGUUCUGCAGAGGGUCGGCAGCUCUACAGAGGACGAGUUUGAGACGGUGGAUUAUCUGCCCAAGACGGGGUUUGAGACGGCCAUUGAGAUGGGUGAGGCUGGUGGGUAUUGGAGGUUGGUUGCGGUGGACUUCACCGGCGAGGAGUUGGGCUAUACGGAGGUGUUUGGUGUGGACCAUUCGGAGUCUUGGAGUCUCUCUUCGGCGUUGGCGGAAGAUGAUGGUCUGCUGCAUAUGCUUACCGCUGCUUGUGCGGUGGGAGCUGUACUGGCUGCUCUAUGGCAGACCAGGAAGAGGAUCUCAGUGGGGCUGCGUUAUCUUGCAUCACUACGGGCUCGACGGGUUUAUUGA